AGCAUGCGCAUUACGCCACUGCAAAGUGUCUCUGCUUGUUGUGGACCGGCGCCAUCUAGUUGGUUAGCAUUCUAUGAAAGCCAUAACUUAUUAACCUGUCAUUAAUAUGUGUUGGGGACAGUGGCGGACUGACCAUUUGGAAACUCGGGCACUGCUCGAGGGCCCGGGGUCAGUAGGGGGCCCCAUGAGAUGCCCCUGGUACCUUUUUCAUAGGCUUUUUUGAGUUUGGGCAAGGACACAGGGGCCCCAUGAUCCCCUAUUGCCCGGGGGCCCCAUGA